CUUUCCUGUAAACCAAAUUGAUCGUCAGUGAUCUAAUGUUGUGGUCCGUGUUGGAGUGAAAACCAUCCCUUGCUAAGCCUCGUUAAAACUCCAAGUGGGCGUACCAAGGGCUUCGUUUGCAGGGUGGGAUUUUUCCUCUUCGUCUCUCGUCGUCGAUGGCGAUGGUGAAAAAUUUCCUCACAAUUCUCUCCGCCCCUGUGAUUGCUUUCUUGGCCAUCCUUCUCCGCUCCAGGCUCAGCACCACAUGGAGAUGGGCGGAAGUCAUUACUGCUGAUGUGGUUGUGGUGGACGCCACCAUCUACACCAGUGAUCCGGUCCUACCUUUUGCAGAAGCCAUGGCCAUCCGGAAUGGCCGAAUUUUGCGAGUUGGGAACUAUUCCGACAUAAAGGAUUUGAUAGGUGAAGUAACAUGUAUUUUAAACUUUGAAGGAAAGGUUGUGGUACCUGGCUUUAUUGAUUCACAUGUGCAUUUUCUAUAUGGUGGUCUACGGAUGGGCCACGUUGAACUUCGAGGUGUCAAAAGCCAAGAUGAAUUUAUAGAAAAGGUCAAAGAAGCCAUGAGAGGUAAGCUCCCUGGAGAGUGGGUAUUAGGUAGUGGAUGGAAUAAUGACAUAUGGGGAGGAGACUUACCUAUUGCUUCUUGGAUAGAUGAUGUCACACCCAAUAAUCCUGUUUGGCUGUCUCGCGUAGAUGGACACAUGGGAUUAGCCAACACAUUGGCUAUGAAUAUUGCUGGAAUAAGUAAGUACACGCAUGAUCCUGUUGGUGGAACCAUCUCAAAGACCAUGGAUGGAGAACCUACUGGCCUGUUUGCUGAUUCGGCAAUGAAACUGCUUCUAGACGUAAUUCCUGAGGCCUCAGUCGAUGAUAGAAGGGAUGCUUUAAUUAGAGCAAGCAAGUAUGCACUGAUGAGAGGGGUUACGAUGGUUGUGGAUGUUGGAAGGUAUUUUCCUGGUGAAACAGUCGAUCAUGUUUGGAAAGAUCUUUCGGAUGUCUAUAGAUGGGCUGAUUUAGCAGGGAGAAUGUUGAUCAGAGUUUGCCUAUUCUUCCCAUUGCAAACAUGGUCCAGUUUAGCUGCCCUUAUCCAAGAAAACGGCAGGGCUUUGAGUGAGUGGCUCUACUUGGGUGGUGUUAAAGCAUUUUUUGAUGGAAGCCUAGGUUCCAAAAGUGCUCUAUUUUAUGAGCCUUAUGAAGAUGACCCAGACAACUAUGGCAUCCAAGUGACAGACUUUGAUUGGCUUCUGAAUAUGACAUUAGCUUGUGAUAAAUCUAGCCUUCAGGUUGCUAUUCAUGCAAUUGGAGACAAAGCUAAUGACUUGGUGCUGGAUUUGUAUCAUUCAGUGGCUUCCUCAAAUGGAAUAAGAGAUCGGAGGUUCAGGAUUGAACAUGCCCAACAUCUUGUUCCGGCAACAACAACUCGGUUUGGUCAGCAAAGGGUUAUUGCCUCUGUGCAGCCAGAUCAUCUAUUGGAUGAUGCUGGUUCUGCUGAACAAAAAAUUGGGGCCAUUAGGGCGCAUACAGGAUCAUAUUUGUUUCAAAGUCUCUUAUCAGGUGGAGCCCGGAUUGCUUUCGGUUCUGAUUGGCCGAUUGCAGAUAUCAACCCUCUCAAAAGUAUUAAAACUGCAUUGACAAGAAGACUUCCUAAUUGGAAUACUGCCUGGAUUUCAAGUGAGAUCAUUGCAUUGGAUGACGCCCUAAAUGCGUACACCAUAUCAGCUGCCCAUGCAAUCUUCCUCGAUCAUGAAGUAGGCAGUCUAUCUCCAGGGAAGUAUGCAGAUUUUGUGGUUUUUCCAUCCACUUCAUGGGAGGAGUUUGCAGAUGAUGUACCGGCCACUGUUUUUGCAACCUAUAUCAAUGGUGUGCAGGCAUACCCAUGAUAUCUUUUGGCCGUUGAACAAUUCCAUAUUGUAUUUUAUAAUAUACUGUGCCAUUAGCUUUAUUAGCAUACAGUCGAGAGUUUAGAGUAAACUGGUUGAUCUAAUACCAUUUCUCCCUAUCUAAGGUUAUUUUUUCUGAAAAUUUUUCAAGUUGUAUGAAAGAAGGAGCAUUACAUUCUAAUGGAUUA